UCGAGCAACAUGGAAAGAUGUAAUCUCACACAUGUCUCAGAGUUCCACCUCAUGGACUUCUCAGAGGAUCCAAACCUGCAUCCCAUCCUCUUUGGGCUCUUCCUGUCCAUGUACCUGGUCACAGUGCUUGGAAACCUGCUCAUCAUCCUGGCUGUUACCUCUGAUGCCCACCUCCACAACCCCAUGUACUUCUUCCUCUCCAACUUGUCCUUAGCUGACAUUGGUUUCACCUCCUCUACAGUCCCAAAGAUGAUUGUGGACAUCCUAACUCACAGCAGGGUCAUCUCCUAUGGUGGCUGCCUCACACAGAUAUCUUUUUUUGUCCUUUUUGGAUGUAUGGAUGAUGUGCUUUUGACUGUGAUGGCCUAUGACCGCUUUGUGGCCAUCUGUUACCCGCUCCAUUAUUCAGUCAUUAUGAACACUCGUCAUUGUGUCUUAUUACUUUUGCUGUUGGUUUUUGUUAGCCUUUUGGAUUCCCAGGUGCACAAUUUCGUCGCCUUACAAGUUACCUGUUUCAAAGAUGUGGAAAUUCCUAGUUUCUUCUGUGAUCCUUCAAAACUCCUUGACAUUUCAUGUUCUGAUACAUUAAUCAAAAAUAUAGUCACAUAUAUGGUUAGUAUUCUAUUUGGGUUUUUUCCCAUGUUAGGAAUCAUUUUCUCCUACUAUAAAAUUGUUUCUGCCCUUCUGAAAAUCCCAUCAUCUGGGGGAAGGUACAAAGCCUUUUCUACCUGUGGUUCUCACCUGUCAGUUGUUUGUUUAUUUUAUGGAACAGGCCUUGGAACAUAUUUUGGUUCAGUUGUGUCAUCUUCUCCCAGGAAAGGUGUGGUGGCCUCACUGAUGUACACUGUGGUCUCCCCUAUGUUGAAUCCCUUCAUCUACAGCCUGAGGAACAGGGAUAUUCUUAGCACCCUGAAGAGGCUCCAACUUUGGAAAAUCUAA